CCGGCAUAAAACAAGAUGAAAGAAGAGCUGAUAAUCCGAGAGCCCAGUUCGAUGUUCAUCAUGAGAGAGCAGGUGGAUGUGAUCUUCUGUAAAUCAGUAGGAACUGAUCUGUCCAUGCUGGAUAUUGAUGAUUUCAUCACAGAAAUCUCUCAGCUGAAGAAAGAGGUGACGUCACUGAAGAAAGAGGUGACGUCACUGAACGCAAAGCUGAUGGAGAGAGAUGACAGGUUACAGGAGCUGGAAAAGGUUUCCUGUCAAUCUUCAGUGUGUGUGACUGAUGGGACCUCCACAGAAUGUCAGGAUUCAGUGUGGAGCGGCAGAGAUCAGUCCACACCACAGCGGCUGCUGGACAAACUCUCUGAACAGAGAUCCAGAGACACACAGGACUCACAGCUCACUUUACUCUGUUCUACUGAUGCUCAGGAGAGUGUGUGUGACAGUAAUCAGGGUGAUCAAACCUCCACAGAGUCUCUGACUUCUGUCUGUAAUGCUGGAGAACAGCAGAUGCUGCAGACACCAGUGAAGAUUGAAGUGAAGCUGGUGGAGAUAAAAGAAGAAAACACAGCAGAGGAACAACAGAGUGAUGAAGAUCAUGAUGAGACAUCAACAGAGGAACAACAGAGUGACGAAGAUGAUGAUGAACAGCAGAUGCUGCAGACACCAGUGAAGACUGAAGUGAAGCUGUUGGAGAUAAAAGAAGAAAACACAGCAGAGGAACAACAGAGUGAUGAAGAUGAUGAUGAGACAUCAACAGAGGAACAACAGAGUGAUGAAGAUGAUCAGCAGAUGCUGCAGACACCAGUGAAGAUUGAAGUGAAGCUGGUGGAGAUAAAAGAAGAAAACGCAACAGAGGAACAACAGAGUGAUGAUGAUGAUGAGACAUCAACAGAGAAAGAACAGAGUGAUGAAGAUGAUGAGGAUUUCAUUCCUUUAGAGCUGAUGGAAGAGCAAGAGGAACAUCAAGAACUGAAUGAAGUGGAGGAGAAACAUCAGUAUCAGAAACAUCAUGAUUUUAUAAUUGGAGAAAAGACAGAAAAUAAUUUCUCACCAAAAAAGCCUCAAAGAAGAGCACCCAAAAAUACUUUCACCUGCUCUCAGUGUGGAAAGAGUUUCAAAUGUAAAAGCAGUCUUAAUAAACACAUGAGAGUUCAUACUGGAGAGAAACCUUACAAGUGCUCACACUGUGAAAAGAGUUUCACUCUGUCAAACAGCUUGAGAUCACACGAGAGAAUUCAUACUGGAGAGAAACCUUACAAGUGCUCACACUGUGGAAAGAGUUUCAUUCAGUCAGAAAGCCUGAAAACACAUGAGAGAAUUCAUACUGGAGAGAAACCAUACAAGUGCUCACACUGUGGAAAGAGUUUCAUUCAGUCACAAAACCUGAAAACACACGAGAGAAUUCAUACUGGAGAGAAACCUUACAAGUGCUCACAAUGUGAAAAGAGUUUCUCUCUGUCAAACAGCUUGAGAUCACACGAGAGAAUUCAUACUGGAGAGAAACCUUACAAGUGCUCACACUGUGGAAAGAGUUUCACUCAGUCAGACCAUUUAAAAUCACAUGAGAGAAUUCAUACUGGAGAGAAACCUUACAAGUGCUCACACUGUGAAAAGAGUUUCACUCGGUCAGAAAGCCUGAAAACACAUGAGAGAAUUCAUACUGGAGAGAAACCAUACAAGUGCUCACACUGUGAAAAGAGUUUCACUCUGUCAAACAGUUUGAGAUCACACGAGAGAAUUCAUACUGGAGAGAAACCUUACAAGUGCUCACAAUGUGAAAAGAGUUUCAUUCAGUCAGAAAGCCUGAAAACACAUGAGAGAACUCAUACUGGAGAGAAACCAUACAAGUGCUCACACUGUGGAAAGAGUUUCAUUCAGUCACAAAACCUGAAAACACACGAGAGAAUUCAUACUGGAGAGAAACCUUACAAGUGUUCACAAUGUGAAAAGAGUUUCUCUCUGUCAAACAGCUUGAGAUCACACGAGAGAAUUCAUACUGGAGAGAAACCUUACAAGUGCGCACACUGUGGAAAGUGUUUCACUCAGUCAGACCAUUUAAAAACACAUGAGAGAAUUCAUACUGGAGAGAAACCUUACAAGUGCUCUCACUGUGAAAAGAGUUUCACUCGGUCAGAAAGCCUGAAAACACAUGAGAGAACUCAUACUGGAGAGAAACCAUACAAGUGUUCACACUGUGGAAAGAGUUUCAUUCAGUCACAAAACCUGAAAACACACGAGAGAAUUCAUACUGGAGAGAAACUUUACAAGUGCUCACAGUGUGAAAAGAGUUUCACUCUGUCAAACAGCUUGAGAACACAUGAGAGAAUUCAUACUGGAGAGAAACCUUACAAGUGCUCACACUGUGGAAAGAGUUUCACUCAGUCAAACAGCUUGAAAUCACACGAGAGAAUUCAUACUGGAGAGAAACCUUACAAGUGCUCACACUGUGGAAAGAGUUUCACUCUGUCAAACACCUUGAGAUCACACGAGAGAAUUCAUACUGGAGAGAAACCUUACAAGUGCUCACACUGUGAAAAGAGUUUCAUUCAGUCAAACAGCUUGAGAUUACAUGAAAGAAUUCAUACUGGAUAUGAGAACACAUGGUGUGAUCGCGUUGUUGCUUUGAGAAUAAACUUCCAAAGAGACUUGGUUGAGACCAGCAUGAGCGUGUUUAAAAGUAAAGAAAGAAAUGAGAGUGGUUUAUCAGUGACGAGGAUUAAUAUGACCUUAUUUACCCUGCAGUUGUACAACCCCAAAACCGAAAAAGUUGGGACAUGCUCACACUGUGGAAAGAGUUUCAUUCAGUCACAAAACCUGAAAACACACGAGAGAAUUCAUACUGGAGAGAAACCUUACAAGUGUUCACAAAGUGAAAAGAGUUUCUCUCUGUCAAACAGCUUGAGAUCACACAAGAAUACUAGAGAGAAACCUUACAAGUGCGCACACUGUGGAAAGUGUUUCACUCAGUCAGACCAUUUAAAAACACAUGAGAGAAUUCAUACUGGAGAGAAAUCUUACAAGUGCUCUCACUGUGAAAAGAGUUUCACUCGGUCAGAAAGCCUGAAAACACAUGAGAGAACUCAUACUGGAGAGAAACCAUACAAGUGCUCACACUGUGGAAAGAGUUUCAUUCAGUCACAAAACCUGAAAACACACGGGAGAAUUCAUACUGGAGAGAAACUUUACAAGUACUCACAAUGUGAAAAGAGUUUCACUCUGUCAAACAGCUUGAGAACACAUGAGAGAAUUCAUACUGGAGAGAAACCUUACAAGUUGCUGAGCUGCCUUCAUCGGUCGCCUUUAUUUCUCGCUCGCCUCAUCAGGCUGAUUGGGGUCUGGGCGUCUGUCAUUCCGCCCGGCCCUGCCCUUCUCCACGCUACACUCCUUAAUGCGUUGCCUCAGGCCGGGGAGCUCCCGCUGAAGAAAGAGGUGACGUCACUGAAGACGAAGCUGAUGGAGACAGAACUCGUUUCACGCUGUACCUGUUUUGAGCGAGUUAAAGCUGAGAUGCUGGAAAAGGUUUCCUGUCAAUCUUCAGUGUGUGUGACUGAUGGGACCUCCACAGAAUGUCAGGAUUCAGUGUGGAGCGGCAGAGAUCAGUCCACACCACAGCAGCUGCUGGACAAACUCUCUGAACAGAGAUCCAGAGACACACAGGACUCACAGCUCACUUUACUCUGUUCUACUGAUGCUCAGGAGAGUGUGUGUGACAGUAAUCAGGGUGAUCAAACCUCCACAGAGUCUCUGACUUCUGUCUGUAACACUGGAGAACAGCAGAUGCUGCAGACACCAGUGAAGAUUGAAGUGAAGCAGGAGGAGAUAAAAGAAGAGGAGCACAGUGAUGAAGAUGAUGAUGAACAGCAGAUGCUCCAGACACCAGUGAAGAUUGAAGUGAAGCAGGAGGAGAUAAAAGAAGAAAACACAGCAGAGGAACAACAGAGUGAUGAAGAUGAUGAUGAACAGCAGAUGCUGCAGACACCAGUGAAGAUUGAAGUGAAGAUGGUGGAGAUAAAAGAAGAAAACACAGCAGAGGAACAACAGACUGAUGAUGAAGAUGAUGAUGAACAGCAGAUGCUGCAGACACCAGUGAAGAUUGAAGUGAAGCUGGUGGAGAUAAAAGAAGAAAACACAACAGAAGAACAACAGAGUGAUGAUGAUGAUGAGACAUCGACAGAGAAAGAACAAAGUGAUGAAGAUGAUGAGGAUUUCAUUCCUUUAGAGCUGAUGGAAGAGCAAGAGGAACAUCAAGAACUGAAUGAAGUGGAGGAGAAACAUCAGUAUCAGAAACAUCAUGAUUUUAUAACUGGAGAAAAGACAGAAAAUAAUUUCUCACCAAAAAACCCUCAAAGAAGAGCAGCCAAAAAUACUUUCACUUGCUCUCAGUGUGGAAAGAAUUUCAAAUGUAAAAGCAGUCUUAAUAAACACAUGAGAGUUCAUACUGGAGAGAAACCAUACAAGUGCUCACACUUUGAAAAGAGUUUCACUCUGUCAAACAGCUUGAGAUCACACGAGAGAAUUCACACUGGAGAGAAACCAUACAAGUGCUCACACUGUGGAAAGAGUUUCACUCAGUCAGACCACCUAAAAACACACGAGAGAAUUCAUACUGGAGAGAAACCAUACAAGUGCUCACACUGUGGAAAGAGUUUCACUCAGUCACAAACCCUGAAAACACAUGAAAGAAUUCAUACUGGAGAGAAACCAUACAAGUGCUCACACUGUGAAAAGAGUUUCACUCUGUCAAACAGCUUGAGAUCACACAAGAGAAUUCAUACUGGAGAGAAACCUUACAAGUGCUCACACUGUGGAAAGAGUUUCACUCGGUCAGGCCGCCUAAAAACACACGAGAGAAUUCAUACUGGAGAGAAACCUUACAAGUGCUCACAUUGUGGAAAGAGUUUCAUUCAGUCAGAAAGCCUGAAAGCACAUGAGAGAAUUCAUACUGGAGAGAAACCUUACAAGUGCUCACACUGUGAAAAGAGUUUCACUCGGUCAGGCCGCCUAAAAUCACACGAGAGAAUUCAUACUGGAGAGAAACCAUACAAGUGCUCACAUUGUGGAAAGAGUUUCACUCAGUCACAAACCCUGAAAACACACGAGAGAAUUCAUACUGGAGAGAAACCUUACAAGUGUUCACACUGUGGAAAGAGUUUCACUCAGUCAAUCAGCUUGAGAUCACACGAGAGAAUUCAUACUGGAGAGAAACCUUACAAGUGCUCACACUGUGAAAAGAGUUUCACUCAUUCACAAAACCUGAAAAAACACGAGCGACUUUAUACUGGAGAGAAACCUUUCAAGUGCUCACACUGUGAAAAGAGUUUCACUCAAUCAAACAGCUUGAUUACACGAAAGAAUUCAUACUGGAUAGUCUUGUCUAAUGGGCUAGUUGCACAAGACGAUGCCUGUGAGCUUUCACCACAUGACUGUGUGCAUGUUUACAUCUGGUUGUAUGAGCGCUCAGUGAAACUGAGUGAGAACACACGGUGUGAUCGCGCUGUUGCUUUGAGAAUAAACUUCCAAAGGAGACUUGGUUGAGACCAGCAUGAGCGUGUUUAAAAGUAAAGAAAGAAAUGAGAGUGGUUUGUUUAUCAGUGACGGUAGAUAACAUUCACUUUACAUUGUUGUGUGCCUCAACCAGCAGUGACGAGCUGACCAGCGGUAUGAAGUAAAUAGUGUUAAAAUUGUAGGUAACACUUUACAAUAAGGUUCUGUACAUCAACAUGCAGUAACUAACAUGAAAUAACAACUAACAAUACAGCAUUUAUUAACCUUGAUUUAUGUUCAUUUCUAUCUAUACAUUUACAUGGGACACAUGAACAAAUGGUUAACAAUAAACAAUAAUAUAUUUCAAUAAAACAUCAACCUAGAUUAAUGCUCUAAUAGUUAUAAUUGUAAGUUUAUUAUUCCAAAUGCAUUAACCAAUUUUUACGAAUUGAACCUUAUUGUAAAGUGUUACCAAAAUGUUGCAUCUGUAAUCAGAUGUAAGACACAAACAGAAAUUGUAACUUUAUAAAUGUGUUGGUUGUUGUCCAACAGAGGAUUAAUAUGACCUUAUUUACCCUGCAGUUGUACAACCCCAAUUCCAAAAAAGUUGUAUGGACAGUAAGGAAAAUGCUAAUAAAAACAGAAAUGAGUGAUUUGUAAAUUAUAUUCACCCUUUGCUAUAUUGAAAGCACUACAACUACACAUUAUAUGAUGUUUUAACCUGUGAAUUUCUUUGUUUUUUUUAAAUGUACAGUAAUUUCAAAUCAGAUGAUUGCAACAAGCUCCAAAAAAGUUGGGACAGUCGAGUGUUUACCAUUGUGAAACAUCAUAAUUUCUUCUAAUAACACUUUUUAAGCAUUUAGGCAUUGAAGACACAAUUUUGUUAAGUUUAGAAAGUGGAAUUUUCCCCCAUUCAUCCAUUAUGUAGGUGUUUAGCUGCACAAAUGUAUGGGGUCUUCGUUGCCGUAUUGUGCGCUUCAUAAUGCGCCACACAUUCUCAAUUGGAGACAUGUAAGGACUGCAGACAGGCCAAUCUAGCACCCGCACACUCUGUUUACACAGUCAUGCACUUUUAAUCUAGGCAGUAUGUGGGUUGAUGUUGUCAUGCUUCAAACAACAUACUGAUGAAAAUGCAGGGACAUCCCUGGGAAAGACGGUGCUGGAUUGCAGUAUAUGUUGAUCCAAAAUGUAUACAUAUCUGUCUGCAUUCAUGAUGUUUUCAUAGAUGUGUGAGUUACCCAUGCCAUGGACACUGACACAGCCCUGGCCCAUACAGACACUGGCUGCUAAUAACAGCUUGGGUGGUCCUUUUCCUCUUUGGCCUGGAUAACAUGACAACUGUGUUUUUCAAAAACUUUUUGAAAUGUGGACUCUUCUGACCAAAAAAACACAGAUCCACGGUUCUACUUUCCAUCUAAGAUGAGACUGAGCCCAGAGAAGUCGGCAGCGCUUCUGGACAGUGUUGAUGUAGGGCUUAUGCUUUGAUAGUUAAGUCUUAACUGGCAUCUGUGGAUGCAGUGGCGAAUGGUGUUGACUAACAAAGGUUUACUAAAGUUAUCCCAGCCCGUGUGUGAUCUCUGAUCCUUCAAGACAGUGAUGUCUGAGGGAUCGGAGAUCACGCGCAUUCAGAAGCUGUUUUCAUCUUGCCCUUUACACAUAGUGAUUUGACCAGAUUCCUUGAAUCUUUUAACUAUAUUGUGCACUGUAGAGGGUGAAAUGCCCCAAAUCCUUCCAAUUUGCCUUUGGAGAACUUUCUCAAAGUGCUGGAUUAUUUGCUGAAGCAUCUCUUGGCAAAUUGACAAGUAUCGAACGAUCCUUGCUCUUAAAGGACUAGGCUGUUUUUGGAGGCUCCAAAAACAGCCUAGUCCUUUAAGAGAUGUUUAACAUCUCCUAUUUCACAUCGCCUUGUUAUUUCAACUUGUCACGUUGUUAUUAGUUUUAAAUUGCCCCUGUCUCAACUUUUUUGGAGCGUGUUGCAAUCGUCUGAUUUGAAAUUACUGUACGUUUAAAAAAACAAAACAAACCAAUGAAAUUCACAAGGUAAAACAUCAUAUAAUGUGUAGUUGUAGUGCUUUCAUUAUAGCAAAGGCUGAAUAUAAAUUACAAAUCACUCCUUUUUGUUUUUAUUCACAUUUUUCAUACUGUCCCAACUUUUUUGGAAUUAGGGUUGUAUAUUCAUCUUCAGAUUGUAUAUCUUACUGAAUCUGUAUCCAAGCCUAGCAUUAUUUAUUCAUGUUCACAGAAACUUAGAUGAGCUACUGAAGUUUAUUAUUGUUCUUACCUUCAUAGUCAUCGAUGUAACUGCAUACAUACUGUAACGUGUUGACAUGUUGUUUAUGGUCUUAUUCUAACUGAUAAGAGAAAUUUGUGUUAUGCAUUUUACUGGGUUGUAAUGUCUUGCAUUGAUAGCUGUUCCUGAAUGUUUAGUGUAUGUAUGUGUGCAAUGGGAGACUGUGCAGAAGGGGUUCACCGCAGUUUUUAAGUGUGCUUCUCUAAACAAUUACAGAGUGUAUGGCGUGGCUGUGGCCGACAACAGCCUUUAAUAAACACACUGUUUAUGAGAUCGA